CCCAUCAAUCAAAUCAAAUCAAAGAAUCUGAGAAAGAGAGAGAGAAAGUCCUCUAAUCCAUCAAUCAAAACACAAAAGGAGAAAACAAACAUGUCCGCCUCAUCCACUGCCUCCUUUUCACCGGACCAGCACCUCCUGUCUCCCUCCGACCAGCUCUGUUAUGUCCAUUGCGACUUCUGUGACACUUUCCUCGCGGUGAGUGUUCCAUGCACCAGCGUGUUCAAGACUGUCACUGUGCGAUGUGGUCAUUGCACCAACCUUCUCUCUGUCAAUAUGCGUAGUCUGCUUCUUCCUUCUGCCAAUCAGUUUCAUCUCGGACACUCCUUCAAUCCUCAAAAUCUUCUGGAGGAUAUUCGAAGUGCACCUUCAUCAAAUAUGGUGAUGAAUCAGCUACAGAAUAACCCAAAUGAUUCUGUUACGAGUAUGAGUGCCAUGCGAGCACCACCUGAGGAAAUCCCUAAGCCUCCACCAGCUGACAGACCUCCAGAGAAGAGACAGAGAGUUCCAUCUGCUUACAAUCGAUUCAUCAAGGACGAGAUCCAACGUAUCAAAGCUGGGAAUCCUGAUAUAAGCCACAGAGAGGCUUUCAGUGCUGCUGCAAAGAAUUGGGCCCAUUUCCCCCAUAUCCACUUCGGACUGAUGCCUGAUCAUCAACCCGUGAAGAAAGCUAAUAUCCGCCAGGAAGGAGAGGAAGUACUUAUUAAAGAUGGGUUUUAUGCUCCAGCAAACGUAGGGGUCUCCCCUUUUUAGGAGAGAUAGGGCUUUAUAUAUGGAACUCUUGUAUCGUUCUAUGCAGCGGAACUAUAUAUGACUCUACCUUAUGGAUUGAUGUUGAGCUCGUAAUCCGUAGUGUUCAAAGCUAUUAUCUUAUGUUAAGAAUGUUGGGUGGAAGAGGAUUCAGAUAUAUCCUUUGGUUCUAUGAAAAUAUGGAGCUUUAGUUUUCUAAAA